ACAACUUUGAUAUUGAUAUUUGAUACUAUGGUGGGUUGUGUGAUGUGUUGUUUGUUAUUGUUUUGACGGAGCACGUGCGUGGUUAAUAAGAGAUGUACGAUUUAAUUAAAACGAUUGGUGAUGAUGAAGAGAUACCGGAUUUUUCGGAAAAUUCUGAUGACGAGGAAGAGUUUCAACCAAGCAAACAAAAGAAGAAGAGAAAGAUUGAUUUUGACACAGAUUUCUCAUUCACAGUGAAUGAGGUUAACACUGAAGAAGAUAAAUGGGAUGAUAUCUCUAAGUACAUUAAGCGGAAAGCAAAAAGUAAGGUUGAUGAUAAAAUUCAGCAGCUUCGGAAACAGAAAAAAAAAGAGACAGAUGCUGAAAUAAAGCAGGAAGACAAAGAAGAACACAAGGAAGAAAAUUCAGAUUCUGAUUCCGACACUGAUUCUGAUGUUUCCUUGUCUGAUAGUGAUCUGAAGAAAGAUGACAUAAAAGUUAAAGAAAAGAAAUUGAAAGGAAAGGAGAAGAUGAAACAGGAGCCAGAUAUCGAAGUUGAUGAGGAAGCAGAGAAAGAGCUCUUUGAAGAUGCCCCACCCUUUGAAGAGAAUGCUUCGUUCUACCAAAUGAACAUUUCACGCCCACUUUUAAAGGCAGUAGCAGCACUGAAAUUUGUACACCCAACACCAAUACAGGCAGCAACCAUUCCUAUUGCACUAAUGGGGCGUGAUAUAUGUGGUUGUGCAGCAACUGGAACAGGGAAGACUGCUGCAUAUAUGUUGCCAACUCUGGAGAGGUUGCUUUACAGACCUUUAGGAGCAACCACAGUAACAAGAGUCCUUGUUCUUGUACCAACAAGAGAACUUGGUGUGCAGGUAUAUCAAGUAACGAAGCAGCUGGCACAGUUCACUACAGUAGAUGUUGGAUUAUCUGUUGGUGGUCUUGACUUGAAAAUACAGGAGAAUGUUUUGAGAAAAAAUCCAGAUAUUGUAAUUGCUACCCCUGGACGUCUUAUCGAUCAUUUGAAGAAUACACCAUCAUUUAGCUUGGACAGUAUUGAAGUCUUGAUUCUUGAUGAAGCAGAUCGAAUGCUGGAUGAAAAUUUUGCAGAACAGAUGAAGGAGAUAAUACAGCAGUGUGCUAGGACAAGACAAACAUUGCUGUUCUCUGCUACAAUGACAGAGGAAGUCAAAGAUCUGGCUGCUGUCUCUCUUAACAAGCCAGUUAAGAUAUUUGUUGAUAGUAAUCAAAAUGUAGCUUUUAAUCUACGCCAAGAAUUUGUAAGGAUAAGAAAAGAACGGGAAGGAGAUCGUGAAGCGAUUUUGGCAGCUCUUGUGUGUCGUACCUUCAGAGACCAUGUCAUAGUAUUUGUUCAGACAAAAAAGCAAGCACACCGUCUGCACAUUCUCCUUGGUCUUUUGGGUAUUAAGGUUGGAGAACUGCAUGGAAAUCUGACACAGCCUCAGCGUUUGGAAGCUCUGAAGCGUUUCAAGAAUGAAGAGCUGGACGUUCUUGUGGCAACUGAUGUUGCAGCUCGAGGUCUAGACAUUCGAGGAGUAAAAACUGUGAUAAAUUUUCUGAUGCCUGCAACAGUGGAACAUUAUAUUCAUAGAGUGGGCCGUACCGCACGUGCGGGUCGUGCAGGAGUGUCUGUAUCAUUAGCUGGUGAAGCAGAAUACAAAGUAGUCAAAGAAGUUGUCAAGAAUGCUUGUACUCCCCCCAAAAACAGAAUUAUUCCUCCAGACAUAAUCAGCAAGUAUUGUGAGCGUGUUAAUGCUCUUGAGGCUGAUAUUCAAAAAAUUCUACAAGAAGAAAGAGAAGAACGGGAACUUCAAAAAACUGAGAAUCAGGUAAACAGAGCCGAGAAGCUCUUGAAAGAAGGAAAAGGAGAUAAAUCUCAGCGUUCAUGGUUUCAAACUGAAAAGGACCGCCGACUAGAGAAAGAGAGGCUGAGACUGACUGAUCCAAAAGGAGGAAAGAAAAAGCGAGGAACCAAACAAAAAGCAGAUGACAGUGAUGAUGAACAUGAGAUUAAUGCUAAUAAUGAGGCUGAAAAAAAAGCAAAGAAGGGUAAACGAAAAGAAACUCCUGAAGACAGAGUUCAGGCAGAGAUGAGUAAGAUUGCAGCACUGCAAGCUCGUUUAGCAAAGAAGAAAAGCCGUCCACGAAAGCUAAGAACUCUGGUUGACACACCAAGCCAGCCCAUUGGUCAAAAAAACAGUUCCUCAAAACGUAAAAAAUCAUCAUUUGCUGAAGACUUGACAGAUGUCAGCAGGAAAGGAGCCAAACGAUUACGUUACGAAGCUAACUUCCAGAAGAAAAUGGACAAACUGAAUAAAAAGAAACCUGGCAAAGUAUUUGGUCAGAUGAAACAAAAGAAAAGUGGCACAAAACCAGGACUGGGAGCAAAGAAUAGCAAAACAGGAAUGUUUGGAAAAAAUAAAAAGAAGAAAAAUAUGAACAGAUGACAUGUGUUCAGCUAUUCUAGAAAGUGGACACGAACAUUGUUAAGAUAUGUUGUGACAAAACUUCUCAGUUGUUCUGUUUUGACAAAACUUCUCAGUUGUUCUGUUUUGACAAAACUUCUCAGCUGUUCUGUUUUGACAAAACUUCUCAGUUGUAUCAACUGCAAAAGAAAAAGAAUGUUACACUUAUUACAAAGACCUGUACACAAUACAUAUACUUUUUUCACUUUC